AUGCUGAUCUACCGCUCGCUACCAGGCCAACCCCUCUGUCACGCAUGGCAUCCACAAGCAGUUUCUUAUUCUCACCAGCUUGCGCCUUUGCAGCAUCCGGAAAGAUACCCUACUCAGUUGCAGCUUGAUGCAGGUCAACAUAAGGAUAUCAACAUCGACGAUGUAUUGCUAGAAGCUGAGAAUGCGCUUCAAGUUGCGGAAGCGUCGCUCUCUUUACCCAAAACGAACGGGUCUACAUUAUUGACUCGUUCUGCAGAUGCCGUUGCUGGUUUGAUUGGGGGCAUGAUUUUCGGAGCCCUGCUGGGCUCUCUAUUAUUUCUCCAGUUUCCAGGCUUGGAUUUACUAAUAUCGUCGCCUUUAAUCUUGGCCUCAUUUGCCUUCGGCACUGUUGGUUUUGCCAGUGGGUUUGCGAAUACCCAAACAGCUGCUGUCAUUCGAAUUUUUUUGGGCAGCCCUAUUAAAGGAUUGCUCUCGUUGCUUGGACUGGUUGCUCUAAAACAAGUGGAAUCAGGGGUCCAAAAAGUUCAAUCUAUCCCGUCCAAAAUGGUGAACAGUGUUGCAAAGAAAGUACACGAAAUCAUACAAUAUCCUUCCAAAUUGGCCGCAGAAACAAAAAAUAUGAUUUCUGGAACAAAAGACGAACAGUCCUGGAAUCACCUAAAUUUAAGGAGUGCAAUGUUGGUCAUCACUUUGCCCAUCAUUGUUUGGAUCUUGACCUCACAGCCAUUCUAA